AGAGCGAGCGACAGGGAGCUGCUGGCACUCCUCAUGAACCGCCUCGUGGUCAUGGAAACCCAGCUCUCCCACGCUCGCCAGGCGCUCAAGCAGAGGGACUUCCACAUAGCGGUCCUCGAGGAGAAGCUGAGGCUGUACAUGAAAGCCGAGGAGACCGCAGUCGGCAGUGAGGUCGGCUUCCUGGAGUCUCUCAAAGACACACGAAUGGCGUCGGUGGAGGAGAAGUGUCGCAAGUUGGAGAGGCAGGUCAUGGAGAUGGAGCGUUUCCUCGGCGAGUACGGCAUGGUCUGGUGCGAGGCGGAGGAAACCUACCUCCUCGACAACCCCGUCAACGCCUCCUGCAGUUACUCGUCCUCGGAGGGCACCACGCCCAACGUCACGCCCUCGCACACGCCCAGGGCCCAUCCGAGAGUCAGGAUCAAGAGGCAUAGAAGAAACCACAAGAACCGCGAGGUGCGUCGGGUCGUGGCGGAGUCGACAUCGCGGAGCAUCUCUUCUGAGGCGGAACCCUUCAGUCUAGAUUACGAGAAGCUUCUGGCGGCCAUCACGGAGCUCAAUAUUAUGGCCCAGGGAGAUGCCACGGCCGAGGUGGGCGAGAGUCUGCAGUUGACCCUCUACAAGAACGGGAUUGUGGUGAACGACGGAGGCUUCCGAAGCUUCGAGGCGGUGAAGACGAGGCAGUUCCUGCAGGACAUCCUCGACGGCUUCUUCCCUUCCGAGCUGCAGGCCGUCUAUCCCGAGGGCGUGCCGAUCAAGGUGCGGGACAAGCGGCAGGUGAUCUUCCUGCCCAACUCCUCGCGGCGCAAGGGCAGCAACCGCCCGCCCGUGCCCCCGAAGCCGCGCCUGGCCACGGCCUCCGACUCGCUCCCGACGGGCUCCUCGCUCACCUCCGUCACCUCCAUGAUGUGUAGCAGCGAGACGGACCCCCGCCCGAGCGACCUGACCGCGCCCGCCGAGGCCACGCCCGCGGCGCCGACGGGGGCUGAGCCCGGCGGCGACUCCUCGCAUCUCUGUCCCGACGUCGACUACAGGAGCGAGUCGAGCGACGUGAGCAGCCGACGGAACUCCCUGCAGCGCGGGAGCGACAAGUCCGAGGGCGAGGGCGGAGGCAGCCGGGCGGAAGUGGGCAGGCGCGGCAGCGACUCCGGCCGGCGCUCGACCGAGCUGGGGCGGCGGGGCAGCGAGCUGUGGCGGCCGACGGAGGCGCCGGCGGCGGGCGUGCCCAUCAUGCGGCGCGAGGGGCGGCGGGAGAGCGAGUCGCGGCGCGGCUCCGACCACCGCACGCACCAGUGCCGCCGGGGGUCCGAGUGCCGCCGCAGCAGCGAGCUGGCGCGGACGACGCUGGACCUCGACCUCGGGCGGAGGAUGACCUCGAAGCACCCGCUGGAGUGGAACCGCAUCAACCGCACGGCCUUCCUCCUCAACGACGACACCUUCGACACCAACGGCAACCAGCUGCGGCGGGGCAGCCUGGGCGUGAUGGGCGCCGACCCCUACGACAUGGACAGCCUCAGGAAGAGGAGGACGUCCGUCGAGGACUUCCUGGCCAAGGUCCCCACCUGCGUCGUCAAGAACGGCAAGAUCGUCAACCUGCGCGAGGAGGUCGCCGACAUGCUCAUGGGCCCCUCGAGGAAGAACUCGCUCACCCUCGUCCACACGCCCGUGCUCGACGAGGCGGGCGAGAGUCAGGAGAGCAACGACCAGGACAACCACUCGGGCGAGGGGGAGACGCAGCAGCAGGCGCCGCAGGAGGGCCAGCCUGACGACCCGAGCGCCACGGCCGACGGCGGGAGUGCCGUGUCUUCGGUGGGGGUGGGUGCAGGUAGCGGCGGGGUUGGUUCGGGUGGGACUGGCGGAGGCGCGGGCGGGGCGACGACCUCGUCCGCUGCUCAUCACGACCACGGACACGGCCCCACGAGAACGACUCUGCGGAUCAAAGUGGAGAACGGCACAGAGACCUACAUGAUUAAGCUGAAGGCCUCGGAUACCCUGGAUAAACUUCGUGCUUAUCUGAGGUCUUAUCGUGGAGAUAACGAGGACUUUGACAUCGUGAAGACCUAUCCAUUCCAGGUUUUAGAACAAGGAACCGCAACCAUGGCCGAGCUGGGCCUCGUCCCGAACGCCGCCCUACACCUCAAAGUGGCAGCUCGACCUCGUCCUCCAGAGUCCCUGUCCCUCCACGCUGGAAUAUUGGUAGGAGGAGGAGGGAGUCUUGGGGGAGGAGGAGGAGGAGGAGGAGGAAUUCUAGGAGGAGGAGGAGGAGGAGGAGGAGGAGGUGGUGGUGGUGGCGGCGGAGGAGGCAGCACAAGCAGCAGUGUCUUCCUGUCCACCGCCGCGGCAGCCGUCAGCCAGAGCAUCACCAUGACCACCGCCAGUCACACCUCUCCCUCUCACCACCACCACCAUCACCACCACCACCCGGCGGUGAUGACCCCGGGCGGCGGCGGGGGCGCUUCGUCCUCCUCCCCCUCCUCCCGUCGCGUGCCCUCCCCCUCCCUGCCCCAGAUCCCCCCCAACCUCCAUCCGGACCUCCCCCCUACCACCGUCCCCCUCCUGUGUUUCCCAGACGCCCACGACACGACCUCGGGGAACGAGUCGUAACGUCUUGCUGUGUGGAGUCGUGCGUUGGGGGCGUGCGUGAAUCGUGGUGUUUGCGUGUGGCGUUCGUGUGGAAGCUUGCGUGUAGGGUUUGGUUAGGGGGUUAUGUAGGGUUCGCGCGUGGGGUUCAUGCGGAGUGUGUGUGGAGUUGGUGGAUGAGGUUCGUGAAGGUCCUACGUGUGGCUGUGGGGGGUUCGAGUGAGGGCCACUUCGAGUCGUAGAGGAGUCGUGUGGCAUGCGUGAGUGGGAUCAUCUAGGUUUGUCUGUGGGUCGUGUAAGAAUCAUGCGGGUUUCCUUUUGCAUGGGACUCUGUUCGGGUGGGAUCUAUUCAGGUGGGAUCUAUUCACGUGGGGUUCCUUUCGCAUGGGACUUUAUCUGCGUGAGGUUCCUUUUGCAUGGGACUCAAUACGUGUGGGGUUCUUUUCGCAUCAGACUCUAUCUAUUCGUGUGGGUUUCUUUUCAUAUUUGAAUCUAUUCAUGUAAGGCUCUUUUGGUAUGGGACUCUAUUCGUGUGGGGUUCUUUUCGCAUGAGCUUCUGUUCGUGUGAGGUUCUUUUCGCGUGUUCUUAAUGGGUUCUUUUCACAUGGGACUCUAUUCAUGUGGGGUUCUUUUCGUAUGGGACUCUAUUCGUAUGGGAUUUUUUGUGCAUUAUUUUCUAUUCAUGUGGGGUUCUCUUUGCAUGGGACUCUAUUCGUGUGGGUUCUUUUCACAUGGGACUCUAUUCGUGUGGGGUUCUUUUUUGCAUGGGACUUCAUUCGGGGACCUUUUCCUGUGGGGUUUCAUUUCUUGUGGGAUUCUUUUUAAGUGGGAUUCUCGUCUUGUGUGAUUCGCAUUGGGGGUUCGCAUAGAUUGUAUGGUGGUCGUGCAUGGGUUCACUUAAGGUCGUGCAUAGGGUCGUGCAGAUGGCGUGAGGGUUUGUGAAUGGGUUGGUGUAUGGAUAUUUGUGCGGCUUCAUGUAGGUCGUUGUAAGGUCGUGAAAGUGGCCGGUGUGUCGCGUCGGCCAUUUUGGAUUCUUGUAGAGUUUCCCGCUCCGAAGUCAAAGCCGUGUGUUCAUUUUCGAAAAAAAUAGAGUCGAGUGCUACCUUUGGCGUUGACCGUCGAGGAAGAUUCAAAGAAGGCUAGUGCACAGUAGACACAUUUUUUAAGACUAUUCUUAGCGAGCCUCAUUAAGUAUAGUGUUUAUAAUGGAAGGUGGAUAUGUAUACAAAAUGCUGAGAAUGCUUAAGAAGAAUUGAGAGUUUAAAACAAAACAAAAAAAACGGGAAAAUGCAUUCAACACUGACAUUAAUCCAACUCAGGAUGUGACUAGUCAUGCUAACAGUUAGUAAAAUAAAAGGAUCAUAAUAAGAAAGAGGAUAAUAGGAUUUCAUAUUUAUGAUGGGAAUAAUAAAGCUGAAUAGACACACACACACACACACACACACACACACACACACACACACACACACACACACACACACACACACACGCACACGCACGCACACACACGCACG